AUGAAGUUGACGGGCAGCUCUCUGGCCGUCUUUGCUCUCGCCGCCGUCCUCCCGCUCACAGCAACGGCUGCCAAGGGCGGAAGCGGCCCGGACAAGGACGGCAAGUACUGGAUCUCCGCGAAGGGCAUCGAGGCGUCCUUCAUCCCGUACGGGGCCUCCAUCUCCAACCUCUUCAUCAACGACCGCUACGGCAUCCGGCGCGACCUCGUCGGCGGCUUCGACAACGCCUCGUACUAUAGCAUCGACUCGCAGCACCCGCACUUUGGCGGCGUGCCGGGCCGGUACGCGAACCGCAUCAAGAACAGCACCUUCAGCAUCGACGGCAAGACGUACCACGUGCUGCCCAACGAGAAUCCUACAAAGGCGGCGCCCAACGGGACGGACACGCUGCACGGGGGCCCCGACGGCUGGGACUGGCGCAACUUCACCGUGUCUGCGCACACGCCCACGAGCAUCACCUUUAGCAUCGUCGACCCGGAUGGCAAGGAGGGCUUUCCCGGCGAGGUGGUGUCCCACAUCACGUACACGGUGAAGGAGAAUCAGUGGGACUUCAAGAUGGUUGCGCUGGCGACGACGAAGAAGACGCCCAUCAUGCUGAGCAGCCACACGUACUGGAACUUGGACGGUUAUGCAAACAACCAGACGCAGACGGCGCUCAACCAUACGCUGCAUUUGCCGUAUAGCGGCCAGAGGGUGGACGUCGACGGGUAUUUGAUCCCCACGGGGGAUAUCCUGGCGAACAAGAAGGGGACGGCGAAUGAUUUCUGGUCGAAGCCGAAGCAGCUUGGGCAGGGGUUUGAGCAGAGCGGGAUCAAGAACAACUGCGGCAACAAUUGUACUGGUUAUGACACCUGCUACCUCAUUAACCGAGAUGCCCUGGGGCCCUUUGACUGGCGCACCGAAGGCCCCGUCGCGAGCCUCUCGUCGGCCUGGUCCGGCAUCCACCUGGACGUCUACUCGGACCAGACGGCCUUCCAGGUGUACAGCUGCAACUCGCAGGACGGCACCCUGGCGCUGAAGAAGACGCAAGGGCUGCACGGCAACAAGCGCUUCCCCAGGACGAUUCCGCAGUACGGGUGCCUGGUGAUGGAGGUGGAGGACUGGAUCGACGGCAUCAACAACCCGGAAUGGGGGCGGAAGCAGGUCUGGGGACCGGGGGACGAGCCGUACGUGGUGCAGGCGAAAAUGGAAGACGACAGGGCGCUCGUCGACCUCGGCGCGGCGGCGGAUAUCGAAGAAGCGCGACUCGAAGUGCACACAACAGAGGCCGAAACUGCAAAGAACGAGGCGCCGGCAACAACAACUAGACAGCCGAAGCGGCGGUUCGUGGGGAGAAGAGCGGCGGAUGAGGCGGCGGCGGCAAAGGGAACGACGGAGGAGGGAGGCAGCGGAGCUGUUCAAGCUGCCAAGCCUCGACGAGCGCCACGACUGCUCAACCGAGUGCCCCCAGAGAUAUCAGAAGACCCCAGCCUCAAGGAAGCCAUCGCCCUCCUCCCGGCAAACUACAACUUCGAGAUCCCCAAGACGAUACACCGUGUACGCGAGUCCGGCGCGCGCAAAGUGGCGCUGCAGAUGCCCGAGGGCCUCCUCCUCUUCGCGACGACCAUUUCGGACAUCAUCACGCAGUUCUGCCCGGGCGUCGAGACGCUCAUCAUGGGCGACGUGACGUAUGGCGCGUGCUGCAUCGACGACUACACGGCGCGGGCGCUGGGGUGCGACUUGCUGGUGCAUUAUGCGCAUAGCUGCUUGAUUCCCGUGGACGUCACCAAGAUCAAGACCCUGUACGUCUUUGUCGACAUCAGCAUCGACACGGCGCAUCUGGUCGCCUCGCUGGAGAGGAAUUUCGCCAGCGGCAAGACCAUCGCCAUCGUCGGCACGAUCCAGUUCAACGCUACGAUCCACGGUGUGCGGAGCAGCCUCGAGGCGGCGGGCUUCGGCGUCGUUGUGCCGCAGAUUGGACCGCUCAGCAAGGGCGAGAUCCUGGGCUGCACGUCGCCUCGCCUGCGGGACGAAGACGGCGUCGACCUGAUUCUAUAUCUCGGCGACGGGCGCUUCCAUCUCGAGAGCAUCAUGAUCCACAACCCGGCCAUUCCGGCCUACCGCUACGACCCCUACUCGCGCAAGCUGACGCGGGAGACGUACGGCCACGACGAGAUGCAGUCGGUGCGCCGCUCCGCCAUCCAGACGGCCCGCAAAGCACGCCGCUGGGGCCUCAUAUUGGGAUCUCUCGGCCGUCAGGGGAACCCGCAUACGCUGGCCAUGAUUGAGCGCGAGCUGGCCGAGAGAGGCAUACCCAAGGUCGACCUGCUCCUGAGCGAGAUCUUCCCGGGCAAACUUGCCAUGAUGAGCGACGUCGAGUGCUGGGUCCAGGUUGCGUGUCCGCGUCUGAGCAUUGACUGGGGUUACGCAUUCCCGAGGCCGCUGCUGACUCCCUACGAGGCACUUGUGGCGCUGGAGAAGAGAGGGGGAUGGGGUAAGGAGGAGGGUGGUGAUGGCAUCUACCCGAUGGAUUAUUAUGGGAGGGAUGGAUUGGGGAGAACGAAGCCGUUGGAGGGCGUUGCGGCAUGA